UUCUUUGUCAUGUUUUCAGGAAAUUGCAAUAUAUAAUUAUAAAGCCCUUUCCUCUAGCUCUCAUUCCAAAAUCGUAUGACAUAGCAGGGAGAUAUUAACUUCGGAAAUUGCACAGAGAAAAGGCAGUUUUGUACGUAAUUGUUUGCUGUAAAUGCAGGCUCGCUCGCCCGGACCUCAGCAUGCUGUCAGGAAAAAUGUGCAGGCAGGCAGGAAAUCAACUUGUUACUUUUGAAUACAACAUGAUACAAGUCAACAAUGUUGCUGAGUAGAUUCCUGGGCGUCUUUCCACGCGUCGCUGCCUGCCAGUGCCAACGUUUUAUUGGUGUAAAUUUCUCAGUGCAUCUGAGGCAAGCGCACAAAACUAGCACAACCCUUCAAGGACUAACUCGCACAUUUUCUACAGUGAAAAUGCAGAGCCAAGAUUUCAGUUCUGGAAACGGACGCAUGAACGGACGGGGCACAGAGCAGCCCAUCACGAUCUCCAUAGAAGGGAACAUCGGCUCGGGAAAAACAACCCUGAUGAAUUUUUUCGCCGGACACGAUGUCGUCACCACCAUCGACGAGCCGGUCCAGAAGUGGAGGAAUGCCCGAGGUCACAACCUCUUUGAGCUCAUGUACCGCGACCCCAAGAGAUGGAGCUUUGCAUUCCAGUCCUACGUGCAGCUCACCAUGCUGGAGAACCACCGGGCACAGGUCGCCACCCCUUUCAAAAUGAUGGAGCGAUCGGUGUACAGUGCGCGCUACAUCUUCGUCGAGAACAUGCAUUUGACGUCCACCAUGUCGGAUCCGGAAUUCACCGUCUUAGAUGAGCUCUUCCAGUGGGUGAUCAGCAAUCACCACAUCGGUGUGGACCGCAUCAUCUACCUCCGGACCUCCCCCGAGCAGUGCUACGAAAGGAUACAACAGCGAUGCAGAACAGAAGAGGAGGGCAUCCCGUUGGAGUACUUGAAGUCACUCCAUCAACUCUACGAGGACUGGCUGAUCUCUGAGAAGUACCCCGUCCCAGGGUCUGUGAUGGUCCUCGACGGCUCCGCCCCUCUGGAAGAAAUGCUGAAGACGUACAAAACCAAACAAGACAGUAUUUUGUGCAAAGGAUGAGUGCACCCACUUGUUAAUAACAAAAACCUUUUCAAACACGAGAGUAUGAUGUUUUGCCUUUGCGCUCCGGGGCCAACAUAACCUGACUUUUGGGGUUUUUUAUUCGAAAUUAUUCCCUUCUGAUGAAGUUCUCGGAGGCGGUUUUACAAAAAAAUUUCACUGGGACUGGCUUUACUCAAUUACUUUUUAUCUACUUCGGUUGGAAAGCUUUAUCAUUUACAUUUACAUAAAUUUCUCCUCAUUUACAUUUUACAGGGUGUUUCAUCUUGGUGCGAGACGGGCCAUAGUGUGAGUCGAGUGUGCUGAUCUAUAGUGCAUUACAAAUAAAUUGUAUGUGAACAAAAGUCUGUUUCUUACCUACCUCAAAACAUGUACAUAUGUACAAUGUACAUUCCGUAAUUGUACUAAUGGUGUAUACUAGGAAAUUUAUGUGACAAGUUUAUCAACAGUGGAAUAUGUUUUUUAAAUGCCUGUCGUAACUGUUACAAUAUUUCACAGAUGCUUCAUGCAAAUUUACAUGCUUGUACAAUACCGCUGGACGAGUAACUCUAUUAUUCAAGUACUCACGAGAAGUUCAUGCUACUCAUUCUUUUACUCUUGGUUUUUCAUCUACUUGAGUACUUGUCAUGGCACGAAAAGAAGCAGGUACUCACGAGUAGCAAUUUAGGGUUCUAAGUUUAGGGUCCAUGGCUUGAUACGUCCCCUACAAACAAGGAAUCACUCCCUCCACCUUUCUCUCUCCCUAGGAUUCCAUUCGUCUAAAAAAAAAAAUAAUAAGCUGUCUUAUAUAAACAGCUUUUUGGGCUAUCCUUGGCUUUGUAUAUGUAAUCAGUUCAUUUUUUUUUAAGUAUCACUCUAUGUUUCUCCGUAUUUGCCAAAAUAAAUAAAUAAAUAAAAAUAAAUAAAUAUUCACAAAUGUGUGGUUCAUUUUGUAUACUAUUGUGUUGUAUAUCUGCCAUCUCGCAGAUUGUCUAGCGGAUCUCCCCUCGCGACCCUUGGAGUCGUCCCUCGCCAGCAGUCCUCGCCCGUUGAAGGGGGCGAUGCGAGAGGGGAGGGGCAAGAUGCGAGAUGGCAGAUCUAGAACACCAUAUAGUAUACAACCCUUUUUGCUGUAAAUUCUGCUGAGGUAUCCAAGAUGAACCAAAAUAAAUUAUUUCCAUCAAUACUGAA